CACAGCUCACAUUGCGAGAGGAUCUGAACGUGUGUAUGCGGAUUUCUUCUCACGAAACAGAGUGAACUUUCACAACAACAUGGAUUUGGACUCCAUGAAAUAUGCAGAGUUGCGAAGCCUCGCCAAGGAGCUCGGGCUUAAAGCAAACAUGAAGGCCGACAAACUCCUGAAAGCCAUCAAGCAGCAUUAUCAACAAGAAACAAAGCAGGAGGAGGAAGGGCAGGGGCAAGAGGAGAGUGUCACUGCUGUUCAAGAUGAUGAAAAUGCGACACAAGACAACACUCAGGAAGAUACAGAUGCUUCUCGCCAGGAAGCAGUUUCCAGCCCCACUGUGUUUGUCACACGUCGAGGCAAACGAAACGGUUCCAAGAGAAAGAUCUCUGAUCCCGAAUCAGUGACCGAGUGUGAUGCCAAGUUACCUCCAAGUGCUGCAGAGGGUGACACUGAAGGGGCCACUGCAUCCCAUGGCGCUAAGAAGAGAAAAGUGUCCUCUUAUCAAAGUGGAACUGAGGCCACUGGUGGUGGACAGCAGGCUGACACCAAGGGUGAAGCAUCUGUGCAUGGCGAUGCAGAAAAAGCAUCAAAAGUGGCCAAAGCCUGUAAAAUCCCUUGUUACCAAGGCCUCCAUUCUAAGACUAAGACAUUGAAGCCCGUCACUCCCAACUUCAAAAAACUCCACGAGGCACAUUUUAACAAGAUGGAGUCAAUCGACUCGUACAUCCAACGGAAGAACAAGCAGAUGGAGACUUACAGAAGUUCAGUUAAAGAACUGAAGAAUCUCUCAGACAAAACAAAACUGCAGCAAGCUGACGGCAAAGCUCAAGUGAAGGCGACCCGUGCCUCCAUGUUCAGCCCUGUCCCGGUGAAUAAGAGAGCAGCUGAGGACAAGCGCAGACACACUUUGCUCUCGGCCAGUAAAGCUCCUCCACACAAACCUGCAGGGAAGGAAGUUGUUCCAUUCAGACCGUCUGUCCUUUCUACUCGCAGGAUCAACGUUCGGUUCUCAGAGGCCACUCAUGACAACGAGUACAAGAGGUCUAUGGUGAAGACGCCAGCACGCAUGUCGCCCUGUGUGACCUCGAGCACCCCACAGAAACAGGUUGCUGAUGGAGGAAAGCCCAACACUGUCAAGACCCCGUCUCUCUUUGUCACAAAAACUCCAGGACCAUUCGUUUUCACCGGCAACACAAGUACUUCCACAACCCCCGGAACACAAAAGAAGCCAAACUUCGAUCUGAAGGCGAGUCUGUCUCGUCCCCUCACCUACAAGCCUCAUACAGGAAAACUGAAGCCGUUUGGAGAGACCAAAGAAAACACGGAAGGAAAGAAGCCGCUGGCCGGUGUCAGCUCGCAUCAGAAAAACUUCAAACAGCACCAAGUCCAGACAAGGGGUGACAGGAGAGCAAAACACAUGGAAGACAGGAAGCAGAAGAAGGAGAGCAUGCUCGGAGCAAGAAGAGGCCUUGUCAUGAUGUAAAAAUGUCGCGCUGUUUGUAGACAUCUGUACAGCAUGUGGUUCCAGUGUAAAUAUUUAGCCAUCUGCAGCUGACCCAUUAAUUUCUCUCAUUUUAGGGAAAGUAGAGAAGCUCAAAUUUUCUGCUAUCUAACCUACCAUGCCGUGUUUUUAGAUUUGUCUCAGACAUUAGAAUACUAACACUUUGUAGCUCUGAAUGAUGCUUUUACUUUCAUGUGUAGAGAAUCGAUGUCUUUUUGCUGCAUUUCAAGCUGGUACUUUCUUUCUUAAAGAUUUUAUGUCCUUGCUGUAUUUUUACUUAUUUUUGGGGGAAAGACUGUUAAAAAGACAUUUAUGUACAAGAGUUUCCUUGUCUGCAUUCUCUUUUUUAAAUUAAAAGUGUUACUGCAGAUU